GUGUGCAAUUUCCUCGAAUGGCGCGACUACAAGCUAUGCUACAAGAGGUACGCCAGCCUUUUCUUUAUCGCCUGCAUCGAGAACACCGACAACGAGUUGGUAGCCCUCGAAACGGUGCACCACUUCGUCGAGUGCCUGGACCGCUACUUUGGCAACGUGUGCGAGCUAGACUUGAUCUUCAAUUUCCACAAGGCGUAUUACAUCCUCGACGAGAUCAUAAUUGCGGGGGAGCUGCAGGAGUCCAGCAAGCGUGCUGUGCUCCAGCACAUCUCCGAGCAGGACGCCAUGACAGCGGAGGCGGACAUCAAGGACGGCCACGCGACGAAAAAGCAGCUGCGCGAGAUCAGUAAAGGCAGGGGCGAGAUCGGCAACGGCAUGGACCGAGAGAAGGAGGACAAGCUGAAACGGCCGCGCAAGCUCGCAGCACGUCUCGAGGCGAUCCGUCUUUCCGCGGACCAGCGGGCGCAGUCCAGAUGCCCGCGCGCCGUGCCUCUCCACUCCAGUGCCUGCGACGAGAGCCGCGAGGCGUCGGCGACGCUUGCGCAGGACAAGGGGGCGCAGGGUACGACGCUCGGAAAGAGCUUUGCGGGGUCGCGCCAAAGCUGCGGCGGCGCCGGGAACGCCGCGGGCCGGACAAUCAUCGGCACGGCGAGGGGCGCCGAGCACGCGAGGGCGGUCGAGGGGCGCGCUCGGGAAGAGCGGUGGAAUGCGGAGGCCUCCAGCGGUUUCUUCGGGGCCCCGUGGAACCCGGGGGGCUCAGGGGUCGAUGCGGCGCAGGGCGCGGCCAGGGCCAUCGAGCACGGCGCGCUGGGCGGGCGCCCUGCGCGCGGGGAGAUCUGUGAUCGGGGGAACCAGAGGAUCGCGCCGCCAGCGUCGGCGCCAGCUGCGAGCGGCGCGGCCCCGGCACAGGCAGCGACCCCGGGGCCGCCUGCCCCGAGCGCGCCGCCGCCAGCUGCGAGGGUGGCGGACGCAGAUCAGAUCGACAAGCCCAUGGAGAUGGCGUUCGAGGAGCGGGCCAAGGUCUGCGAUGUGCUCGAGGCCAUGGCCAGCUGGAACAGCGUCGUCUCCGACGAGUUGAAGGGGCACUUCAACUUCAAGAUCAACGACGCAGAGGAGCGCAAGAGGGCGGGCGCGCUGGCGGCGGGGCACGGCGACGACUUGAUCGCGGGGGGCUUCGACGAGAGGCUGAAUUUGAUGGGCUAG